AUGGAGGGAGGAGGAGGGGGGGGUGGAAGGGGGGGCGACGAACGGCGGCGGCGGCACAAAGUUAACAUCAUCUUCUACUCAGUCAGCACCCAACGUUUGGGACGGUUGCUGGUUGCCGUUGACCUGAUUCGUGCCUCGUCCGGUUUCCGAAACCCAGUCAAGAGCCGAACAAGGCUUCGCAGUGCCUUUGGCACUGAGAAUUCUAAACCACGAGAAGAGGAACGGUUCUGUAAACUUUCUGCCGCCCAAGAGACGGCAAGUUCGGCUCAACAAUCAGAGUCUUUUCCGAAAUGUAGAACACCGGAAGGCGGCAAGCAGGGGAAAAUUGUUGAAGGCGCUAUUUCGAUCGACGAUGCUGACACAUCGGGCGUGUACCGAAAAGACAAAACCCGAUGUACUCGAUCGUAUCCUCGCCGCAGACAGCCACGGGAAAGAUACCUGGCAGGAACUUGUUGUUACCGGUCUUCUAGCCUACCAAUCACAAGACUCCAGAGACUUGCGCGGACGCAAGCGGAGAAACGCAUGAACUGUUCUAGGCCAAGCGUCAAGCAUAACGAAGAAGUGAUCCUAUUUUAUUGCUCUACUAUUAUGAGAAUAUGGUAUUGGAAAGACAUUCUGCCUAUCCAGAACGGAGUCGGAGAGUCAGAUGUCCGCGUCUCAAUCGUUACACUCAUCGCAAGGAAGACCGUAAUUUUACGCCAGUUGGUUCUGAACCCCUCCGGGGAAGGAAGGGCCAGGGCCGAGAGACUCAAAAAUACUACUACUUACUACUGUACUACUAAGGCAUCGGGCCCGGAUGGAAGGAUCAAAGGAGAACAUGGAGGGGCGGGAGGUCUAAGACUGCAUGCCCGCCGUAAGAUUGAGCUUCCGACAAGCGCAAAGCCGGAGCUUUGGUCUGGAAAGCUUAGUGAAUCUCGUAAGCAGGCAGUGCUCCGUCCGGUCGCAUUCGACUGCCCUUUCGAGCUUGGACAUUACACCGAGACAUUAUAUAUGCUUGAUGUCAUGAGGCGGAUGGAGUUCUGCAUCCCUUCUCCGCAGUUGACAGGCCCGCUUGCUCGAUAUUGGCUCCUUGGGGCGCUCAGUCCUCAUGGCACAUCCACAAUCCCACAUGAGUUAGUGGAGUGGCAUCCUGGCUUGGACCUGAGCUUCACGGCUGGGAACAAUGGUAGAGUUGCCCACUCUACUCCACGGCUGUCAAUCUCGAUUUUAGAAGUAUAUACUCCAUCAAUACUCCAUAAUGUGUGA